AUGAUUUCUUUAUCAAAGAAUUUUUCGAAGAAUGGUUAUUCUAUAAUCAAAAAGUAUAAUAAAAUAUCAUCACCAAAAGCAAUUAUUGGAAAUCCAUCAAUUUCCAUAAAAUCAUCGUCAUCAUUUAUUUUUAAUAUUAAAAAUAACAACAACAACAACAUUGGUACAUCAAAUACACUUAAUAUUAAAAGAUUUUAUAGUGAGGCUAAUAAUAAAAAUAAUAAUGUUAAUCAAGAUAAAAAACAACAACAACAAAAUUUUGAUAAUGAUGAUACUUAUCAUAAUAAAGAAGAAUUUACAAAACCACCAAAAUAUUUUUAUGCUGUUGCAUUAUUAGCUAUUGGAUGUAUUGGAACUUAUUUAGUAGAUAAUUUUAUAAGUUUUAGUAAUGAACAAAUUUUAAGAGAUAUUAAAACAAUUUUAAAGAGUGAAGAUGCAUUAGAAAGAAAUAAUGCAUUGAAAUCAAUAUCAACUAGAGCAGGCCAAGCAUUUUGUGUUGAAAAAGUAUUUAAAUUAGGUGUUGUUGAAGUUUUAGUUAAAGCAUUGGACGAUCCAGAUCCAAUCGUUCAAGCAACUGCAAUUAAAACUUUAAAUAGAUUUUCAUACUUUUGUUUUGAAACAUUUGGUGAUGAAGCUGUAAAAAAAGGUGCUUGUGAAGCAUUAACUAGAAUUAUGUUAUCUGAUGGAAUGAAUUGUGAAGCUGCUUCAAAUUUAUGGUUUCAUUAUUUUUUAUCAAAAACUAAUCAAAUUCAAUUAUUAACAUCAAAUGAUUUAUUAUAUUGUUUGCAAAAUUUAGCAUAUUCUGAUAAAUUUGAAUUACAAAGAAUAUCAAUUGCAACAGUAAAGAUAUUAUUUGCAAAUCGUGAACUUUAUCCAAUGUUAAAUAAAUUGAAAGGAAUGAUAUCACAUUUAAAUAAGAGUCAAGAUGUUUUAAUUUCAAAUCAUGCUGAAUAUUAUUUAAAUGUACUCAAAGGUGAAUAUAUUCCACCAGUUGGAAAUAUUUCUUUACCCGAUGAAGAAUUAGAUCGUAAAUUUAAAAUUCAUUCAUGUUAUAAUUUAUUAUUGGCACCAUUAACUUAUUUAUAUUGUUGUUCAAGAUGGAAAAAAUAUACAAGAGAUCCAAUUUAUUUAAAAGCAAAGGGUAUUUAUGGUGGUACAAUGAUGUUAUUAGCAGCAGUUAUUUCAUCAUUGACCCUUUUUCCAGAUUAUCAUCCAUCAAAGAUUAAUGCAAGAUUAAAGAAAGAAUUUUCAUUAAAUACAAAAACAAUUGAAGAAUUUGAAAGAUGUAAAGCAAUUUCAUUAGCUGAAGCUGUUACUUUAGUUGAUAAAAAUAAAAAUAAUAAUAAUAAUAAUAAUAAUAAUAAUGAUAUUGAUGAAACAAAUGAAGAAGAAAAGAAAAAAACAGGAUUAUUUGGAUUUGGUAAAUCUCAAGAAGAAAAAGAAAAAGAAAAAGAAGAAAAAGAAAGAAUUAAAAGAGAAAAACAGGGUGAUGCUAUUUUAUUCUCACCAAAUUCAUUAUUUGCAAUUAAACAAGCUUCUCCAAUUUUAACUUAUUCAAUUUUAUUCACUGGUUGGAAACAUGCUAGAUUCAUGUUAUUACCUGCUUUGGCUUUAUUGCUUCCACAAGUUUAUGAUUUUUCUGUGUAA